CCAGAUAAUCUGGAAUAGAUAAAUAAAGUUGGACUCUUUUGAGGUUUUGGGAAAGCAUCAUAGAGAAAUUAUUUGUAUAAACCACAAUUACUUUGGGUCAGCUGUUAUAUUAGUAAGAUUUCAGAUAUGUAUUGCACACCCAGUCCCUAAUAAUAAGCUCUACUCAUUUUGAUGUAAGUUGGAGUGGUAACAGCAGCAGGCAGGUUUGAAGGUGUGUAGAUAACUGGCAGUGAUCCAACCCACCUAUCCUUACAGCCACACCUGAUGGAAUGCAUUAGUUAGUUCACUGUACGAGCUCACUGCAGCAGUGUCGUUAAGCGUGUGAACGGUGUGAGUACAGUUCAAGACAAAUUGUCAACGGGUUGAGGAGUUCAGUUUUCUCAUCCUGGACAUCUUUGGUGUAAAGGAGGUGGAAAUCUAGUGGCUUGGUGUUUGGGACCUCACAGACCGGCUGUGUGUUUUGGAGCAACUUGAGGAGCUUCUUCAGUCCAGUGACCCUAGCGAUUUGGAGGACCAUGAGCAGCCAGUAGUGACAUACGACAGCAUCUACAGCAGCCACACAGAUGUUUCGGAAAAAAGCCUCAUCCUCCUUGAGAAUGCGAGGAAAAUCAGAAAACAAUAGACGGAGUGCUGACCGUGCCCGAAGCUCCUCCUUCCAUGAGGUAGGCAGGUCACAGAAGCUGGAAAUGAGGGCGGCAGCCCCAGUUUCUGAGGACACAUCAGCUAGCAGCAGUAGUGGUAGUGGCCAUACGGUUCUGCAACGGCUCUUACAGGAGCAAAUGCGCUAUGGCGAGGGCCGGAAUUAUCUUGCCCUGCAGCAGCAACAACAGCAGCAGCAGCAGCAACAACAACAACCACAACAAGGUCCAAUAAGUGGAUACCCGGGCCCUGGCGGCCCAGGGGACGAGCACUCGAUGGUCCCUCACAUUGCGAGGCAGGAGCCUCAGGGCCAGGAGCUGCAGGCUGACAGCGGCAUGGAGAAGCUUAGUACACGCACUGCAGGAGGAGGAGGUGGUGGCAAUGGAGGCACAGGGUCAGGUGGUGGAAGCUGCGUGAGUGGACAAGGGCAGAAUUUCGAAGACCUGCCCACCUAUGACCAAGCCAAGGUGCAGUCGCAGUUUUUCCGUGGCCAUCAGCCGCAACAGACUCAACCACACAUACCCCCAUCAGUAGGUGCUGCAUUUUAUGUGACUGGCGUCAACAACCCUAAGGUGAGACCCCCAGAGGGCAGACCCACAGUGCAAAGAGUGAACGGAGGCAAAGUGCACCAAGAUGACGGGCUCAAGGAUCUUAAACAAGGCCAUGUACGCUCACUCAGUGAAAGACUAAUGCAACUCUCACUGGCUACCAGUGGGGUCAAGGCCCAUGCACCUGUUACCAGUUCACCACUUUCCCCUCAGCUGCCUCCACCUGGAGACUACUAUAAACCCACUGGGCCCCCGCACAGAGGCCCACCACCAGACUACCCUUUUAAAGGAAUGCCCUCUCCACCCAAACAGCAGCAGCACCAUCAGUCUCAGUACCAGGAGCCUGGACAUUUCUACACUGACCACCGUGGCACAAGCCAGCCAGCCAUGGUUGACAUUCCUAAUGUCCGGUACCAGCCACCACCUGAAUAUGGCUCUUUCCGGUCAAAUAAGGAGAGUUCAAGUCACUCUCAAAGGUCUGUCCAUCACCACAGUCCUUCAUCUUCUGUUACAUCAGGGGGCUCUCUCUCCCGUGCUCAGUCUUCCACUCUUAGCAGCAUCAUGGCCUCUUGCCACCCUCCUCCACCUAUGAGUCACCAGGGAGAGCUACACUUCCCCACUGGUGCUCGUAGCCCACAGGGGCCUGGUUCCCACCAAGGUGAUCCAUAUGGCCCAGGUCACCCUCCCCAUCAGCGGAGCCAUGUGUUUCCUCAUGAUCCUUAUGGGUCAGCUCCCAGGGGCCUCCACAUGUAUCAGCACCAGUACCACCAACAGGGCCCCCAACAGCAGCAACAGAGUCCAGGACAACACUACCCACACUCCAUGCAGGGGGAUCCUUACGCCAUGCUAGCCCGUGCCCAGCAGAUGGUGGAUAUGCUGUCCGAAGAGAACCGAUUGGUUAAGCAAGAGCUGGAAGUGUGUGGGGAGAAGGUGUCCAGACUACAAAAGCUGGAGACUGAGAUCCAGAUGGUGUCUGAAGCCUAUGAGAACCUAGCCAAAUCAUCCACAAAGAGGGAAGCUCUCGAGAAGACCAUGAGAAAUAAGUUGGAGAUGGAGGUGCGCAGGAUGCACGACUUCAACAGGGACCUAAGAGAGCGAAUGGAAACGGCCAACAAGCAGCUCGCCACAAAAGAGUGUGAAGGCACCGAGGACAAUCGCAAUACCAUCUCACAGCUUCUGGCUCAGAUUAAAGAGAUUCAGAGAGAAAAGGAGAAGCAGGAUAUCGAGUUAAAUUCACUUCGCUGUACCAACGAGGACCAGCGCAGACACAUUGAGAUCCGUGACCAGGCCUUAAAUAACGCCCAAGCCAAAGUCGUCAAACUGGAGGAGGAGCUGAAGAAAAAGCAGGUAUAUGUGGAGAAGGUGGAGCGGAUGCAGCAGGCUCUUGCACAACUUCAGGCCGCUUGUGAGAAGAGAGAACAACUUGAGCAUCGGCUACGCACUCGACUGGAGAGAGAGCUUGAAUCACUCAGAAUGCAACAGAGGCAUGGUGGUUCUCAGAACACCGUUAGUCCUGAGUUCAGCACAGCGACUCUGAUGGAGCACCUGAGGGAAAAAGAGGAGAGGAUUUUGGCCCUGGAGGCCGACAUGACCAAAUGGGAGCAGAAAUACCUGGAGGAGAGCGUCAUGAGACAGUUCACGCUGGACGCCGCUGCUUCUGUUGCCACCCAGAGAGAUACGUCCUCCUCCAUCAUCAGCCACUCCCCCAGCAGCAGCUACGACACUUCGGUGGAGGCACGUAUCCAGAAAGAAGAAGAGGAGAUCCUCAUGGCUAACCGCCGCUGUCUAGACAUGGAGAGCAGGAUCAAGAACCUGCAUGCUCAGAUUAUAGAGAAGGAUGCUAUGAUAAAGGUACUGCAUCAGCGCUCGCGGAAAGAGCCGGCCAGCAAAUUAGACGCACCUGCCAUGAGGCCCUCCAAGUCCCUCAUGUCCAUAGCUACAGGCACUGGCAGCUCCAGUGGCUCCGGGCUGCUGUCACACUCUCUGGGCCUCAGCGGAAGCAGCCCCAUCACGGAGGAGCGCAGGGAAGAUCGCAGCUGGAAGGGAAGUCUGGGUGUCCUGUUGGGCCCAGAGUUCAGAGGGGACUCUCUGAGGACCGAGUCCAUCUCCUCCUCUCCAUCUCCGGUCCUGCCCUCCACCCCCAUGUCAGCCGCCACACACUCAAAAACCGGCAGCAGAGACAGCUGCACCCAGACAGAAAAGGGUCAGGAGACCAGCAAGCCAAGCACACCCGCCCUGCAGAGCGUAUCCGGACCAAGCCGGAUCAGCAGCCCAAGCCCAGUCUACAUACCUGACCGCAUCGCCGAUGUGUUUCACAGCAGUACAUUAGAGAGGAGAGCUCCAGUGCAGUUGCUCCCGCAGCAGAGCCUGCCGUCAUCACCACUCCCAGCGCAGGACGUGGACAGCGAGAUGGUGGAGAUACUCAUCUGAUCUCACACACACACACACACAUCCGUACAGAAACUCAAAGCAGGUGAAGGAACUGUGUGCUUCUCUUCACUCCAUUACUCUAGAAUCAAGAUGGUCAGAAUGUUUAGGAAUGCAUUCUUUACA